GAUGGCGGAGAGUUAAUACUAAAGAGAGAGAGAGAGCGAGAGAGAGUGUGUGUGUAUGAGAGCGAAGAAAAAAAAAAAAAAAAAAGAAAAGGUGGUCUGCUUAAAGGAAUACGUUUAAGGUGCUGGGCGGAACCGGACCGAGGCGUUGACCUGACCAGACCCCUGCUGAGAAAGCGCUUACACUGGCAUCCUCCUUCUGCCCAAGGAUGUGAAGCUGAAUGAAAGUCUGUUCUUAUCAUUCUACACUGCUGAAGAGGUGCUGAUAUGUGUACAAGAUGAGCGGCCUGGGGGACAACUCCUUGGAACCGCUGUGCUCUGACCGCAAGCGCAAACUCUCCACCUGUGACACGCCUGGCCUGGGGUGUGACAAGAGAAGGCGGGAGCAGGAGAGCAAAUACAUCGAGGAGUUGGCUGAGCUCAUCUCGGCCAACCUCAGCGAUAUCGACAACUUCAACGUCAAGCCAGACAAGUGCGCAAUCCUCAAGGAGACCGUUCGGCAGAUCCGCCAAAUAAAGGAACAAGGGAAGGCUUCUUCCAAUGAUGAUGACGUCCAGAAGGCUGAUGUGUCCUCCACAGGCCAGGGGGUCAUCGACAAGGACCAUCUGGGGCCGCUUCUGCUGCAGGCGCUGGAUGGCUUCCUGUUUGUGGUCAACCGAGAGGGCAGCAUCGUGUUUGUGUCUGAUAAUGUGACACAGUACCUGCAGUACAAGCAGGAAGAGCUGAUCAACACCAGUGUGUACACCAUCCUUCAUGAGGAGGACCGCGAGGAGUUCCACAAGAACCUGCCCAAGUCCAACAUGAAUGGGGUGUCCUGGGGAGGUGAGGCUCCCCGGCAGAAGAGUCACACCUUUAACUGCCGCAUGCUGGUCAAAUACUGCCAUAAGUCUACGGAAGAAGGGCCUGGUAACCCUCGGUACGAAACCAUGCAGUGCUUCGCCCUCAGCCAGCCCAAAGCCAUGAUGGAGGAAGGAGAAGACCUGCAGUCGUGUAUGAUAUGUGUGGCUCGUCGCAUGACUGCUGUGGAAAGGACAGAGGUGUUCAACACGAGACAUGAGCUUUCUGGUAAGCUGAUCCACAUCGACCAGAAUUCUGUGCGUGCGUCUAUGCGACCAGGUUGGGAGGAUCUCCUCCGCAGAUGUAUUCAGAUGUUCCUCCACCACAGUGAAGGCCAGCCCUGGUCUCACAAACGCCAUUACCAUGAUGCUUUGAUUCAUGGUCAUGCAGAAACACCUCUGUACCGGUUCUCACUGUCUGAUGGCACUCCAGUCACAGCCCAAACCAAGAGCAAGCUGUACCGGCAUCCUAUCACAAAUGAACCGCAGUGCUUUAUUUCUACUCACUUGCUUCAGAGGGAACAGAAUGGAUACCGUACCAGCCAGGGCAACAUGAUGCCGGGUAGCAUGAGACCCCAAAACAUGGGGAAUUCAAACCCCAAUGCCCAAAUGAACAUGUCAGCUGGUGGGGGCAUGGGCAUGAACAGAGGCUAUGGCAUGAGCGAGCAGGGCCACUUGGGCCCCAUGGGUGGCUCCAUGUAUGGAAGUGGCAAUCGGAUGAUGAACCAGGUCGGCCAGAUUAACCAGAUGAACCAAAUGAACCAUGCUGGCCCUGGCAUGCAGCAGCCCCCAUUCCAGGGCGGUGGUUAUGGGCUGGGCAUGAACAGCCCCUCUCAGGGCAGCCCAAGCAUGACCAUACCCCAGCAGAACCUUAUGAUGUCUCCUAGGACUCGUGGGAGUCCCAAGAUGGGAGCCAGUCAGUUUUCUCCUGGAGGAAUGCACUCUCCCAUGGGCCCUGGCGGCACUGGGAGUGCACCUGGUGGAGGCAGCACUGGAACAAAUGGUUCCUUCUCCAGUAGCUCGCUCAAUGCUCUACAGGCCAUCAGCGAAGGGGUUGGCAAUUCUUUGUCCUCCAGCUUGACCUCCCCUGCCAACAAGCCAGACAACUCUCAGAACAUAAACCCCAUGCAGUCGCAGCCGCUAUCGAACCAGCCAUCUAAACCCAGUCACGGGGACUCCAAGAGCCCAGCAGGCAUGUACAGUGGAGGUAUGGACCAGCACCACCACCAGCAUCACCUGCACCAUCAGCAUCUCCCCCAGACAGGUGAAAGCAGUGGGGAGAGGUCGGAGAACCAGGCUGUGUCACAUGGCACCAAGGAGGGCGGGGAAGCAGGAACAACCAGCAAUGAACCUCACAGAAGAGUGCCAGAUGGAAAGGGCCACAAGAAGCUGCUGCAGCUCCUGACAUCUCCCACCGAGGAGCUGAGCUUAGGUGUGACCAGUGGGCACCCACCCCCUUCGCAUGGUGCCACUACACCUCCUGGGACAGAAUCCAAGGAGCCCAUUGGCUGCGUUACCAGCCCAUCACCCACAGGUGUGUCCUCUACUUCAGCAGUGUCUGGUCAGACCCCAGGGGGAAUAUCCACCCUGUCUGCAGCCCACUGUACAGCAUCCCUGCAAGAGAAACACAAGAUCCUCCAUAAAUUACUGCAGAAUGGCAACACUCCAGAUGAAGUGGCUAAGAUUACAGCAGAGGCCACGGGGAAGUCGCUGAUGGGACAGGAACCUGGGAUUGCCGAACUGUCUGGUCCUGGGGCUGCAAGUGGAGGAGCACCGCCUUCAGGCACAGCAGAUGUGAAGCAAGAGCAACACAGUCCCAAAAGGGAGAAGAACCAUGCCCUGCUCCACUACCUCCUCAACAAAGACGAUUCCAAAGAUAGGGGCAGUAAACCAAAACUGGAUGAGAUGGAGGGCAAGGGCAACAAAGGUGGCUGCAGCAGUUCAGGAGCCAUAGGCACCACCUCCGAAAACAUACGGGACAAGAUCAAGACUGAGCCACCCGAUGAGCUUGAAUCCAUCCUCGGAAGUCUUGGGAGCUCUGCCUCCAGUUUUUAUCCAGACGCUGGAAUGGGAAACGAUGGAGGGAACAAGCCCCAAACCUGCUCCGACGACAGCACACAAGGUGUCAGGAGUCCAGGUGUGGCCUCGGUGCCCCGUGCCCCCUUCCAGAGGGCCACAUCUGUGGACGGGAAGCCUUCGGCUGGGGCAGCAGCCGCAGGGCGCCGCAGUGCCCCCUGCAACAUGCUUGUCAAACAGGAGGGCAUGAUGGGGGGCCUGGAUAGCUUCCCUGGAAACAUGGGAAUGAUGAAUAGGGGCGCUGGGGUCCCUCAAAGUUCCCCUAUGGGAGUUUCCGGGGACUGGGGGAUGCCAAGAUCCAGUGCCAGUCCAGUGGCUUCAGCUGGACACCCUUCCAUGAUCCGCUCAGGCAUGGACUACAACAAGGGCAUGAUGGGAGGUCCCAUGGUCAGUCGAUCCAACAGUUUGCCUGGAAACAGGUCCAUGCUACAACAGCAACUGAUGGAAAUGGGACCGAAUGAUAUGAACAUGGGCUUGAGUCCCUUCAGUCAACAAGCAGCACCUAGCCAGUCCCCAUCCUGGCCAGAUAACAUUAUGGGGAUGGACAACAGGCGGCUCAUGGGCAGCAGCCUGGAUGAUCUACUGGUGCCACCAUCCACCAGUGAGGGGCAAAGUGAUGAACGUGCCCUCCUGGACCAGCUGGACUCCCUGCUUAACAACACGGAUGUGAUGGCACUGGAAGAAAUUGAUCGUGCUUUGGGCAUCCCUGAUCUUGUCAGCCAGGGUCAAGGUGCAGAGCAGGUUUCAGAGCCUUUCCCAGGACAGGAGCCUUCCAUGGUGAUGGACCAGAAGUCCAUGUACAACCAAGGCUACCCUGGUCCACCUGGGAUGGCCAUGCAGUCAGCCUACAAUGGUCCAGCACAGGGCCAACCGGCUGGAUUCAACCCUAUGAUGAGCCAGAUGGGGCAGCAAGGCAAUUUCCCCAUGGGUGGCAUGCACCCCCGAGGCAAUAUGAUGAGGCCCCGCAUGAUGGGUGCCCCUAAGCCCUUACGCUUGCAGCUUCAACAGAGACUGCAGGGCCAACAGUUUAUGAACCAGAAUCGCCAAGUUCUUGGGAUGAAGAUGGAGAACCCAGCAGGUGGAAACCCUGCACUGCGCCCUGGCAUGCAGCCUGGCAUGAGUGGACAGCCAGGGUUCCUGAAUGCACAGAUGAUGGCUCAGAGGAGCAGAGAGAUCAUGAAUCUCCAGCUGAGGAGGCAGAGGGUGAUGAUGCUGAUGCAGCAACAGCAGCAGCAGCAACAACAGGUUGCAGCUGCAACUGGGGGUUUCAGCCCCCCUCCCAAUGUCACAGCCCCCACUAGCAUGGACAACCCCAUGGGAGGACCCCCCAUGACGCAGCUGGGACAGCAGCAAUUUGGCUAUGGCAGUAACUAUGGCAUGAACCAGCAGGGGGAUCCCUCCUUUGUACCCACAGGCAACAGUCCCCCCAACCCCAUAAUGUCUGGUCGUCUAGGUCUUCCUCAGAAUCCGAUGAUGCAGCAGCACCUCCAAGGUGGUCAGAUGUACCAAUCUCCAGAUGUGAAGAGCUGGUCACAGGCAGGCAUGCCCAGGAACAACUCACACCUUCAACAGCAGUUCCCACACCAGGGGAAUCCAAGUUCACACCCCCAGCAGCAGUUUGCCCAUCAAGGGAACCUGGGUUCGUACGGGGGAAUGAUGGCGAAUGGAUCCAUGCCAGUCAGUGGCAACGGGGCUCACAUGGGUCAGAUGUCAGGCCAGAUGAUGCCAGGCCAGAUGAACCCAAUGGCCAUGGGCCGGAUGCCUAUGGGACCGGACCAGCAGAAGUACUGCUGAGCACGGACCUGAGUUGCUCUGUGAUGGAAUGAAGACUCACUGUGAAAACUGUGUAAACAGAUGUGCGCUUGCUGUGCGGACCCCAAACCACGCUCAUUUAAGCAGUUUGAGCAUUGGCCAGUUUCUGCAGCACCUCCCCUUCAACAUAACAGCCUACAGAAUCCACACCAUGCCGGAGUAUGGCCCUGGUGGACAGAUGACAAACACAAUCCAUAGCCACCACACAACAUGUGUGUGACACUGACUGUGAUGCAGACGGACACAAACACACGAGUGUAUAAUUUUUCUAUAUUUAAAAUUCAGAAUCUAUUUAUCUAGUUUUGUGGGGUUCUUGUCCCUGGACUGUGUUGUUGUUGCUCAUGGGAGGUACCUCGAUACACUGGACCAAGCAGAGAUUGGUCUGACCGGACAAGCGAUGAGGCCUCCUUUCAGAUGUAGAAUGUAGGUCAUGCAGUAUUUUAGCCUUCAGCGUGGGGAUACUUUUUACUUUGAGAUAUGAUGGGUUAUGGUACUACGCAAAAUGAUUAAGUUGUGAUUGCACUUUACAGAGAGCUAAUAAUUGAAAAGAUUGUUGCAAUAUUUCUUGGUUAUUAUUUAGCCUUAUUCAAGAAUUAAUGCACGCAGGGGCCCAUUAUAGCUGAAAGAAGGUAUAAGGAAAAGUGGUAAGCACAUGUUUAUUAUGCAGAUUUAAGCAAUAACCUCCUUGCUUUAGGCUGAAAUUGAAAGGGAGCGUCAUCAAAGUAAAGGUACUGCAGUAUUAGAUGUGAAAUCACAUUUUAAAAAUUGUGAAUAGGAUCUGUAAAUAAGCUUAAAAUGUAUCAUAUGCUUUUGUAGGUCACAUACUGUUUUUGCACAGAUUGUAAGGCUUGAUAUUUAAAAUAUAAUUUUCUGAUUGUGUCUUGUAGGUCAAUACAACCUUUAUUUUCAUUUAAAAGGGAGGGGAUCCUCUUACCAGAUCUCAUUUUAGUCCAUCUUUCAAAACCUUAAAUGGUAAACUUUCUUUCCUUUAAGAAAGGCAAUUUUUCUUAUACUAAAACCAAGAUAUUUUUUCUAAGAGGAUAGCUCAAAUUUGGGAAUUGAAAUGUAAGCUUGUAGUUUUUUAAAUUAAAAUUUAAUAUAGCAAAGAUUUUAUAACUUUCCCUGGCCUUACAAAGAGGAAAAAGACAUGAUACGAACACAGCCUAAACAUGCAUGGGUCUCUGGAAAAGUGUGUAGAUUUCAUUUUAAGAUGCUUCUUGAGGCUUGGACAGUACCUAAUACAUGAGCUUUUAAAAAUUGGUGAUCCAUCGUGAAAAUUCCUGUUCACCUAUAGCUUCAUUUUUCUGAGGCUUUGUUUGAAAAGGGUUAAUAGUUUUGAGUGUGACCACAAGAACCAGUUGUCAGUGACUACUAGUGGUGCUGUAGUGUUUUUGACUUGGGUUUUAUUUAUCCUGCUGUUAAAUAGCCAAAUGUUUUCAUAUUGUAUGAAACUGGGUGCAGUACCACAUGUAUACUCGAGUAAAUGAGUGCUUUAGAUGGCAAGGGACAGAUUAAAAAAAUAAUGCUCCAAUUAACUUCUGAGGUGCUUACAUAUAACAGGAAGCAAUGAAAUGAUGUAGAAA